AUGACAAAUGGUCAGACAGAACGAUUCAACGCAACUUUUAGUCUCGCUUUAGCAGAAUUAUGGGAUGAAGAAGCCAACAACUGGAAUGACUUUGUACCAACAUGUGUUUAUGCAUAUAACACAGGUGAACCCACACCAACUAGCCCUUCACCAUUUCAGUUAAUGUUCGGAAGACGGUCUCGUCUAACAAUUGAAACAAAACAACCAAAAAUCACUCAAACCGAACCAUUAUUACAAAUUUAUUCAGAAAUAAAGAAAAUGUUUUCAGAAACGUACAAAAGCAAAUAUCACAAUCAACUUACAAAGAAAAGAUAUGAUCAAAAUAAGUCUAAUCCGAAAUAUUCAAUUGAUCAACUGAUGGUGAUAGUAACUGAUGUAAGUAAACAAGAUAGUAACCCAUAA